UGUGGAAGGUCUAUGGGGAAUUUCGCCCUGGACCAUACAUGGGGUCCCAAGAACAGACGAAUCCCUGAAACCCAUUUCGCUCCAGCAAGCUAACCGGCUGCAGCACUCGAGCCCGUCUGAGACAGUCGGUUCGCGCCUCUGUCUCUGAGCCCGGCGUUACUCGCACUGAUAGCCUACCGACGAACAGGAGCAGAAAGCCGGUCGUCAUGUCUGAGACCAAAUCGCCGUCCGCAGCCUCCUCCAUCCAGAUAUGCAGGAUCAUGCGCCCCGAUGAUGCCAACAUUGUUGGCAACGUCCACGGCGGGACCAUACUGAAGAUGAUCGAGGAGGCGGGGGGCAUCAUCACUACACGCCACUGCAACAGCCGGCAAGGGGAACGCUGUGUGGCCGCGCUGGCCCGAGUGGAGCGGACCGACUUCCUGCACCCCAUGUUCAUAGGUGAGGUGGCGCACGUCAGCGCCGAAAUCACCUACACCUCCAAGCGAUCCGUGGAGGUGCAGGUCAACGUGCUCGCCGAGAACAUCCUGACAGGUGCCAAAAAGGUGACCAACAAGGCGACGCUGUGGUACGUUCCCUUCUCCCUCCAGAACACCGACAAAAUCACCGAAGUCCCUCCAAUCGAGUAUUCCAGCCCGGAGCAGGAGGAAGAGGGGAGGAAACGGUAUGAGGCACAAAAGCUGGACCGUUUGGAGACCAAGGGGAGGAAUGGGGAGGUGGUCAUGCCCGUCCCGACCCCAGACAGACACACUAAAGAGGCCUACACCGUGGAGUUCAGCCAGUCCAGCCUGAUCCAUCUGGUGGGCCCAUCAGACUGCACCCUGCUCAGCUAUGUGCACGGAGGUGUGACGAUGAAGCUGAUGGACGAGGUCGCCGGAAUCGUGGCCGCCCGCCACUGCAAGACCAACAUCGUCACGGCCUCGGUGGACGCCAUCAACUUCCACCGCAAGAUCAAGAUAGGCUGUGUGGUCUCUGUGUCUGGCUGGAUGACCUUCACCAGCAACAAGUCCAUGGAGAUCGAGGUGAUUGUGGACGCCGACCCGCUGGUGGAGACAGACAAGGGGAAAUACCGGGCCGUCACCGCCUUCUUCACCUACAUCUCCCUGGACAAGGAGAACAAGCCUCUUCCUGUGCCUCCACUGAAGCUGGAGAACGAGGAGCAGCAGAAGCGUUUCGAGGAAGGGAAGGCGCGCUACCUGCAGAACAAGGCCAAGAGACUGUCAGAGAAAGAGCGUCAGCAAUGACACACCCCUCCCCUGUAGCCGGUCGAUGAAACAGCUCCUGGGAUGCCGUAUUGCCGUUCAACAGUAUAUUUUAAAUAACCCGUCUUUAUCUUAGAAAUCCUAAUAGAGUAAGAGGAGGCACUGUAUCUCUCAGUUACGCUUGAAAUGCUUUGUCUUCUUGCCUUUACGUUUCAGUCCUGCAUACCAAAGCAUCUACACGUACGUUUAAAAGAAAACAAUCUAAGAUGUAGUAAUAUAUAAUGUAUAUAAACCAUAUUUUGUCCCCAAAGACUUUUUUUUUGUUGUUAUUUAUAAAUGGCUGUAAUCACCAUGUGCGGAAGGGUUCUGUGUUGUGCACCAUGAAAUAAAAAGUGCUCAUGCUGAGAGUC